AUUUGGCGGGAGGCAACGGUAGCACGCUGGUCUUUCCCGCCAAAGGACUAUAAUAAAUACCCGAAACCCUCAUUUCGCCGGCGCCUCUCUCUCUCUUUCUUUAUCUGAAUCUGUCUCUGUGCGACUGAGAUUUCUAUCUCUCUUCUACAAUGAGUUCCUCAGAGACCAAAGAAGGUUCAGAUCUGGCUCUGAAAUUCAAAUCGAAGAAACCCUUAACCCAAACGAAGCCCCAAUCGGUGGAGAAAGACCCGAUUUUGACCGCGCCGACGCCGGAGAAGACCCUGCAGCCGGCGCCGCCGCGAGCCCGGAACCGGAACUUCGCGCUGUCCAUCGGAGAAAUCAGGAGAGCCGCGGCGAAAAGCGUCGGCGAGAAGAAGGAGCAGAUCGGAUCUGCCAGACGGCAAAUCGCGUGGCCGGAGGAGAAUCCGAAGAAGGCCCGUGCCGGCGCACGGAAAAAGCUACCGGAGAAGUUUGAAAUGUUGGGUGAGUUUUUCAAUUGCUUGGAUAGUUCGAUUCGGUUGUUGAGGUCUAAGGGAUUGAAGACGAGCUUCAGGAACAUCUGCCCUGCGGUUGAGGAUUUGACUGAUAGGAGGUUUACAUAUAGUCACUUGGCUCAGAUGAAGUUUAUUUUGCCUGAGGUGAUUGAGAUAAAGAAAGUGCUUGUGUUGGAUGAGCGAACCAGUUGUUUGAAACCGGAUCUUCAUGUUGCCUUGAAUGUUCAAGCAUUAGAGAACGAUGGCAAGUCGAAAUCUGAAGGUGGGGGGAUUGUGCAGUUGAAGACGACACUGAAUUUGAGAAGGGUGUUCCGUGAUCGGCUUGUGGAGGUUUCAAGAUCUUAUCCUGAGGAUUAUGAAAUUCCAGAAGAAACUCUGCCCCAUCCAUUCAACUGUGGCAAGCAAGAUAUACAUUCAAAUAGGGUCAAGUUUUCCUCCUCAUCCUCUCCUGGGGAGGAGGUGUCAACCAGUGUAGACACAGUUGAGCAACCAGCAGUUUUUAAGACCUGCCUUCAGGGUGAUGAAAUUCCAGAUGAAACACAUCAAACGCCAUCUAAUCAAUCAAUGGAGGAUUUGAAUUUUAACAUAAUCAGAACCCCCAGUGUUCCAUUGCCUAUUAAGACAUCAUUUGAAGCACCUAAAAAUCAGCAACCAGAAAUAGCAUCUCAUCUUUCGCUAUCUUUUCGAAGGCACUUUUCUCAGAAAGCUAAACACAGUGAGUCAGAGAACAUACAGGAUGAUCCACCGAAGGCAUCUCUCCGAGCUUCAAAUCUUUCAGUUUCAGAGUCAAAUCUCAAUACAGUUUGCUCCAUUAAGGAAGAUAGUAUUGCUGCUUCUUCCCAUGGUCAAGUGCCUGCAACCCCAACCAAAAAGAUAGACCCUGUAGAGGAUGAUGGUUUGCCUGGAAAUAAUACUGCCAUCCAGUCUGCUCCAGGAAAGCUUGCUUCAACUCCAGCAAAGCUUGUUUCCACUCCAGCAAAGUUGAUGUCCAUCACACCUGCACCGCACGCACCAAAGCGAUGUUUUAUGAGCCCAGAGGAUAGCUCACCGAACAAGUUGGUCAGGCGUCCUCCACGCACCAGGUCGUUGAAAUUUGACACUCCUGUGAAGAGUAGAAAUGCAGAUGAAGUUCUUGAUACGGAUGACGCAUCAAUGGAUAAAGACAUUCUUGAUAUUCUUCCUAGGGAUCUUUUGCAAUCGCUUAGAGAUAAGGAGAGGAAGGCAACAGAGGAGAGAAAUCCAGCCAUCUCACAAGCUAAGAGGCGGCAGAAAAUGAUUGCCAACCUGCCUAAACUCUUUAACAUGAUUCAUUUCCUAGUUCAGUCAAUGAACCGUUCUUUUAUCACCAAACAGGAGCUUGUACACAAGAUAAUUUGGAACCAUUGUGACAUGAUUGACAGAAAGGAUGUUGAAGAGCAACUGAAUUUACUGCUAGAAUUGGUUCCAGACUGGAUCUCUGAAAAGAAACUUGGAGGAGAUUUGCUUUUCUACAUUAAUAAAAGAUCAUGUCCUGAGGCAAUACGUUCCCGUCUUGAAGAAGCAAACUGAGCUGGAGAAUGCUAGAUUUUCUUUAGUUUACUGUAAGAAACUAAUUUAGGGUGGUGUAUGAUUUCCCUCCUUCAUUGAGCUCCUUGUAAUAUGUUUUGGUUAGCUAUUUUGUCCUGUAAAGUUAAUCUGGGUGGCCUAAUCAGGUAGUUAGCAUGAAGGCUUUUGUCUAGAGGGAUUCACAACAAGAGUAUGAUUUGUCAAAAAGUAUCUAUUAUCUAUUCACAACAAGAGUAUGAUUUGUCAAAAAGUAUCUAUUUCCCUGUAUUCCCUUUCUGGUGUUUUUGUAAAUGAAAGCAAACAAAAGGUUCUCAGAGUCCUGGAUUGAAUG